AUGCCAAAUGAAUCUGCUUCCUCUAUUGAGCCGGCGCGAACUUCCACGGCUUGCAAAUCAUGCCGUUCCCGCAAGAUCAAGUGCUCUGGCCAUCAUCCAUGCCGCUACUGCGCCAAGCGCCAACAAGAAUGUAUUUUUCCAGACAUUGAGAGGAAUAAGAAGAAGCUCUUUUCGGUAGCUUACGUUGAAGACCUUGAACGGCGGGCUGCCUCUCGUGAACCAAUCGCAGAGUUAAGAUCAGAUGGGGGCACAACACUAGAAGUUGAAGGUGAGACUUCAAGCCCACAAACACAGCGUUCUGUCCUGUCACAGAGCCAAGCUUCAUCCUCUUUUCUUAUACCUGAGCCUGUGAUGUCCUCCAGUCUACGGUUUGGAUCCCGGAUCAAGGGUUUGUCUAAGGAAACCCUACCCCUAAGCCAUUCACAGCUUUACCCUCACGACAAAAUAGCCGAGUCACCAGAGGAUGCAUACAACCUUGCUCAGCAGUCAGAAUGGAACCAAGGAGGGCCUUCAAAUUUCCUCUGGCCGUCCGAGGAGACAGCAAGGAGCUCUUUAGAGAUCGUCCUUACCUCAUUGGGCACAGUUCAACAUCUAGUUGACCCGAGGGCUGUGUCUGACCAUAUAUCUAUAGUCUACGAACAGACCCCGAAGCAAGAAUCGGUCCAGUCGCUAUGGGACAUUGAGGUUCUUUUGAUCAUUGCCAUCGGGGAGCUUCUCCAAGGCAAAGUAUCUCAACACUCUGUAUUUCCCGCGAUCGAUUGUUUUCACGAGGCAGUGAGGCAUAUCCCUGGACUACCGCGGCUUCGCCGUGCAGGAAGCAUCGGCGUGGAGAUCAUGGGGCUUGCCGUGUUCUAUCUACAAUGUGCCGACUGUAAAGAUGACGCAUAUGUAUACGCAGGUUUGGGCCUGCGACUAGCUAUCUCCAACGGCAUGGCCAGACAAGAUGGGUCAAAGCGAAACUCGGAGGCUGUUCACAAAAACAGGUUAUGGUGGACUAUCUACAUGCAAGAGAGACGGCUCGCCGCUGCAACAGGAAAUCCAGUCGGGGUCAGUGAUGAUGCCAUCACCACAAUAACACCAUGGAGUUCCCCAGGCUUUCAGCCAGUGUCCGCACUGGAUGUCAAUAUAAAACUAGCAAAAAUCACAGGCCGCAUUAAUCAAGAGAUAUAUGGCCGCAAGUCUCAGUCUGAUCGAGAGUUCAUUAUCCAGACGCAAAACAUACUGAUCGCCCUCUUCCAAAUACAACAAGAAAUGCCAUCACAAUAUGUGAUCGACCUAACCUCAGAUUCUUCCUCGUUCUCAAGAACUAGUGCCACUCUCUAUCUUAUGCUCUUCCAGGCCGUCAUGCUUGUUACGAGACCAACUUUGUUGCAUAUUGCUCGAUCAAGGCUGGGCGCUAGAUCAACUACCUCGCAGAACGAGAACUCGCCUCUAGACAAAUUCUGUCGCACUUGCAUCGAAGCUGCAAAAAAGGUUCUAGUCAUUAUUGAUGCUGCGAAGCAGCAAAAUAUCUUAGCAAAGUUCGGUUUCUUUGAUCUUGACGCCAUCUUCUCGGCCGCUUUUGUUUUCGUCAUGGCAGAGGUCACAGAACACAAAGCACCCAUGGGGCCUUCUGAGCUUCAAACUGCCGUCUCAUUGCUUGACCAUCUGGGGAAAUGCGGCAACAAGGCAUCAAUGAACCGACUCCUAGACAUAAGACAAAUGUGCUCAAGAUUGGGCAUCGCUAUUGAAAUCUCCGACACGGUCAUGCAAAUUUCAGAGGAAAGUCCGGCACCAAUUCAAAAUGACUCAAACCAAGCAAAUCAAUCUGCUGCUCAGCACGACUCUGGAACCUCUUUUACAAUGAUGGCACCUUGGAGCGGCCUUGAAGGCCUUGUUGAUGGGAACUUUGAUGUCUUUUCUCUUAAUAGCACAGACAUUGAUUCUACGACUCUGGGGCCAUGGGAUGAUCUUAUCUUGGACGGAACGGUUGAGACGGACUGGGAACAAUUCGAAAGGGCAACAAAUUCCUUUUCUUAA